GCCGCCCUGACAGGAUUCGUCAUAUAGCUGACACCAAUAACCCGACAAAAACAUCGAUAUGGGGUUGAAAAUCUUGGUCAACAGAGGUUUUGAUUUUAUUAUUAACGAACUAGUCAUCGACAUUGCAACAUACGUUCUACGUGGAAGUGUUUUAUAAUAAUUCAUAAUAAUUAUGUAAGUAAUAUCAGUGACAGCACUCAGGAAUUGUUCUCGACUAAUGUGGAUUUUAACUGGACAGGAUAGAUACCUAUUCUUCAGGAAAUUGAAGACAUAGACGUGGACCAAUAUAUACAGGAAUGACGACAUAUCAAUAUCAUAGAGUAUGGCGGGUGAUAUUAUGUAUUGUUACCUGUUAGUAGUAGCUGCCUUCCCUUGGAGGAAGUCGGAAAUAUGGUGUCACAAGCACCCUUAGUUUAACCGCUAUACAUUUACACGUAUGUAUACCAUGUUAAAUUGUAAGUGGGCGUGUCUCCAUUACGGUUGUCUUUUCAUGGUGAUAUGAACCAUUCAUAUAGAAAUAUGAACCCAUUCGGGAGUUCUGUAAACGGGAUGACGUUCACAGGCCAUAAACUCUACGUAUGUGUUAGAACAUCAAAAUAGUUGUUAUUGAAGCUGCUGACCAUUCAGAAUGGACAAAAACGAUCUAUUUCGUGCGGCGCAAACAAAUGACGUCAAGUUGUUCGAAAGGUGUAUCGCCGAAGGCAUGGACCCCCGUACUACCGGCGACCGAGGGGAAACAAUAAUACACUACAUCUCCAUGAAGAACAGCUAUGGACUUCUGUGUCACAUUGCAGCAGGUUACAACGACGUCGUGAAAGCUCUAGUCAACACAGCGGACAAUGAUAGAGAUUCGCCGAUGCAUUGGUGCAGCUUCAGCUCAACACCAGCAUUGAGGAUUUAUGAGAAGCUUCUAACUCUGAGUGCUGAUCCCCUCCAAAAGGACCAAUGGGAACAGUCCUGUAUAGAGCUGGCGGCCGUUAGGGGGCGCACCGAUCUUGUGACAUUUAUGAAGUGGCGGGAAGCACACCCACAAGGCCUACCCAAGGACAUACAGGGGCUAGACAACAUCUCCAUACUACAAUACAUCAACACGUUUGGGAGCAUGAACAGCAGCCACGCCCUCCUCUACGAGAUGGCUAUGAAGGGUAAGAAGGAGAAGUCAUCUCACAUCCGUAUCAUCUUCCUAGGCUACCAGGGAGUGGGGAAGACCACUCUGUACUAUCGACUUACAGGCCAGAAACGACAGGUGUUGUCCACAGACAAUCUGGAGAUCUUCCAGAACCGGCUGAUCAUAGACCGUGUAACGAUGAAGAGGAAACUGUUGGAGGAAGGCCUGGAGCUGGAAACGAGUCUGGAGAGGAUCAGGGAUGUAGUCAUUGGAUCCAUGACAACAGAUGACGUCACAGUAGAUGUUAUUGACGGAAAACCCGAUAUCAGACGUCCAGUAUCAGCCCGUAUUGACAAUAGACUCAAGCCACCUACAGCCAUCAAACGGACUCGUUCUGAACCGGACGCUCUUGCUGACCUGCAGGCCGAGGCAGCUGUUCUGAUGUCCCAACGUCCGGUGGAGAGAUUUGGGUCUUGCGGCCAGAAGACGUUCGUCAGCGUGUUUGACUUCGGCGGAGAGUCAAUGUUCAGUAAUCUCCAACACAUCUUUCUCAACUCUAACGCAGUCAUACUUCUGGUGUUUAGUCUGCACAACUGCUUCAAGGAGGAGGCCAUAUUCGAGAGGGUGUGUUUCUGGUUAAAGUUCAUCGCGAGCUACUCCUGCCAAAUGACAGAGGUGUAUUGUCCUCCCAUUAUUCUGGUCGGAACUCACCUUGACCAGAUAGAAACGGAACAGAAAAGGAAUUUAGUGGUGAGCCAAGUAAACAGGGCUUUGUUUAACAAUCCGGAGACCGCCAAGAUCUUCCAGAAACAUGUGUUCAAGUUCCUCACUGUUGACAGCACGACGGAACUGGAAAACUGUGACAGCCUCGAAGUUCUCUGGGCCUACAUCAUCGAGGCUGCCCAGUACCAGUCACACUGGGGCCAGCUACUACCGGGAAACUGGAUAGCGUUAGAACGCGAAAUAAUGAGGUUAAAAGUUCACAAGAAAGUGAUGACCUUUGAAGGGAUAAGGGUCAUUGGGGAGAACCUCACUGUCCCACUUGAUGCCGAAGAGGUUAAAGCUAUGUUGGAGUAUCUGCACAUGAUGCGUUGCAUCCUCUGCUUUAACAUGGAUCUUCCCAAAGCUAACAUGAUUCUGGACCCACAGUGGAUGGUCCAGGCCUUCCGCAAGAUUGUCACUGUGGACAAAUUCUUCGACAAAAUCCACGGCAAGAACCACCCUCUGCUGAAGGCUUACCGACAGACAGGCAAGCUUACUAUGGAGUUCAUCGAAUAUGUGUGGAAAGGUGACCUCGACUUUUUGGAGUUCAAGAACACUCUGCUGUACUAUCUCGAACGUCUGGAAUUGCUGGUGAAACCUCUGCCAGAAAAAGGAGAGUCUGUCGUCAAUUACUACAUCGUUCCCUGCAUGUUGCAGCCAGCUGAUUCAGAACUGAUUCGAACUCUGAUAGAAGCUCCCAAAACCGUGAAAACAGCCACCUUGGUAUUUGACUUUCAAGGACAAUUUUUACCCCCUGCUGUGUUUAAUAAGAUUCUAGCUUCAUGCAUUCACAGGUUCAAAGUGAUGCAAGCAUCAGACGGUUCGCUAUAUCUACAGCAAGGACUGGCGUGUUUCGUGCUUAACCCACGGUGGAAUAUGGUGCUUCACUGCAGGGACGCUUUAAUGAAAGUGACUCUUUUUUCACAGUCACGUGAUAACCCAGAGUUUGAAGUCGAGGCUGUACCAGGAGAGGGCUUUUCGAUUCGACAAAUCCUAGAGGAGAUUGUGAAGGCGACACUCGAGAGAAAUAAUCAGGACCACAUAUCAUACACUUACUACCUUCACAAUCACUUCCAGAUCUCCCCUGGUGAAAAGUUAUUUGACAUCACGGAUGUCAUGAACACGCCAGUACCUUCCGAUGGCCUGGGUUUUGAUGAGGUCGAUGCGUGCUUGUCUCCCCUGAACAGACUGGACUACGAAGUAUGGUUCUUGACUCCAGUACAGACCCCCAGAAAGGAAAAACGAAAUGUACAAGAAGACCGAAAGCUGGCCCGGUGUGUUAGCCCACGAGAGAUGAGUCGCAUCGCGAAAUACGUAGGGACCUGCUACAGCCUCUUCUUCACAAUUCUCGGUCUGGAGGACAACGCCAUUGACCACAUCCGGUUACAGUACGGUCACUUCCACUUCCGGUCUCAAGUGACGAAGAUGCUCAUCGUUUGGAGGAACAAGAUGAAGACCAGGGCGACACUGCUCGAGGUCGUCAAGGCCAUGGAGUUCAACGAGCUAUGUGUGGACGACAUGCUGAAUGAAAUCCUGUCAGACUCGUUCCUCAUCCAGACGGCCACCAACAUGACGUCACCGGACGAUGUAGACAUUUCGUUGAAAGUUCAAAGGUCAUGUCCAUCCGACCAAGACAAGUGGACAUUCGCUGAGUGUAUAGGAAACAUGUACUUUAACGCCAUGAUCGAACUUGGCCUGAAGAACCAGUGUAUAGAGCGGGCGGAGAUGGACCACCGGAACCGGGUUCUGUAUAUUAUACACGCCCUAUUGACGGACUGGGUCAACAGUCAAGGUUCAGAGGCCACCAUCCUCAAACUAUACCUCGCACUAGAGGAAUGUCAGGGAGAUUGCCUUGAUUUUGCAGACGGAAUAAAUCAAAACAGGAGUGAGCAGAACAUUGUCGUGGAGCUCGACACUUCAGAUGGAUUCUUCUUGACAUCAUGACGUCAUACAAAGCAGAGACAAACUACGUCAUGACGACAGCAUGACGUAAACAUCGGCAUAGACAAACGUCAACAUUCAGGCUAAUGAUAUAGCGUGAUGUGUAUAUCUACUUUGGCAGUUUUCGUGGUUGGAGUGAAACCACGAAAACGCGCUAUUAAGAGAAUACUGUAAACGUAGAUAUUUAAGCGGUAGUCUUAUUUUAGCGCUAAAUGUCACGCUAAAUUAUUACUGCGGGAAUUGAAGAUCCUGUAUAUUGUUUCCUAUUGCAUAUUUUUGGGGGCGCCAGUUCAUCAAUGCGAUAAUCUGUUCAAAUUCGAUAAAGCACUUAAAUUUGAGUGCGUACGUUUAUGGUAUAUGACCUAUUAAGUUAAUUCUAUUCACAAUGGGUAAUGCUAUCAUGCCACAAAGUGCCAAAAGCUAACGAUAUAUUUGAGGAUGAUCAGAUAACUAAUCAUGAAACAUGGAGAUGAUAACAUAUAAGCAAUUACUUAAGCCAUAGUUAUAUCACGCAUAGGUCUUUAAGUAAAACACUCAUCAUAGAUCUAGAGCUGCAACAUUUUAAGUUUCAGUGUUAGAGAGAGCUAUAGUGAGAUAGCCAUACAAAUUAUGUCAUCGUCCGUGCCCAGCUUUAUCUUGUUCACUAGGUGUUGUUAUUGUGACCAAACUAUCCAACAUAUUUUCACAGUCUUUACUUUAUUUCCAACUCCUCUCUGAAAAACGUAUAAAAGAGAUAAAAGGAGCAUAAAGCUAAUUGCAAACAAGUAAUUGUAAGCGCACAACUUAAUCAUUUAAUAAUAAUUUGUAAAAUUAACCCACAUCAAAAGCAGUCAAAUAAGCGCACAACUUCAUCAUGCUGAACAAUAAUGCAAAGUGUUGUGACAUUUUUAGCAGUAAUAUUUUUAAAGUUUUGGUAAGUUAUGUACAAUAUGAAGUUUUCUGGAACAGCAUGUCUGUAUGGGAAGAAGUGGUGGUUUCCUUGAACAACUAGUCAAGAAAAGAAAAUAAUAGUAAAUGUUGGUUAGAAACUGCAAAAGUGGAUAUUUUCGAGAUAUGGAAAUACUUUUUUCGCGUUGAAUUAAUUAGAGCAAAUAUUUCCACUGGUGAAUAUGUAUUUAUAGAUUAAAGUUAUAUAUUGAUGUCAAAACCAUUGCCAGCUCGAAAAUUCCAACACAGAGCUCAGUCUUAAGAGUCACAACGUAAACAUUACCACCAGCGAGAAUUCGCACUUUUACAGUAUUUUGUGUUCACGCUAACAACUUACAAGUAGUAUGCUUAUGGGAGAGACGGUAGACAAAGUGUCUUUGUAUACACUUGUUUACCCACGACAGAGAACAUUGAUCUCUUUAGAUUUCUCGAUAUAUGAAAACACAUUACAUAUGUAUUUUUUAUAUCUGAAAUCGAUUUUACAAUACCUGUCUUAGCGAUAGUGUACACAUGUAUACAAUUAAUCAAUGAAAGGGCCUCAGACGAUCAUUUUAAAAUAAUCAAACACAUUUGUAGCUAAUUAGAGCCGACUCUUUCCAUACCAAUAGAACUGUUCUCAUGUUCAAUGAUGCUGUGCGCGAACCUCAUUCCUUCUGCCGGUGAGAAGUUCAUCAAAUGUCACAUGUUUUAAUCAUUUGCAUACACUUUAGAAUUUGAAGCCGAAAACAACUUUCAUUUUCUGUGUUUUACGUUUUGACUUUAUCACAUGAUUUCGUUAGUUCUAUCUUUAGUUCAUUGCCAUCACAUUGGAAAACGAUGACUUCCUGAUGUUUGAAAUGAACACAACAAGGAUGCUUCAGUAAGAUUCAGUUGUCGGUUAAUGUUAAAUCAAUAAGUUUAAGGGAAAUAACUCCAAAUUAUUUUUUAUGUAUAACAUGUUAGGUAUCAGGUAGCACGCCACCGGUCUUAGUUUGUAAUCUGACAGGGUACACACCGGUAUAAUCAAAAAACUGAUCACACGAAGCACUGCUACUGAUGCUGGGUCCGUUUAACAUGUCUAUGAAUGAAAUGCACGUUAUGAAGGUAAACAAUUCUUUAUUGUUUUUUAUGCAAUGUAUUAUUUUUUAUGAAUAAAUUUUCAUAAAU